AGAGAGGCCGACAAUUAAAAGCUUCCUCCGGAGAGGCGGCGCCAGCCCGGGCGGGGCCUGGUCCCAGCCGCCGAGCGGCCGCAGCUGUGGCGCACCGCAGACCUGGGCGCCGCAGGGAGGUGUCCGGCCCUGCGCCCCGCGGAGGCGCUCCUCGCGCCGCCUGCAGCCGGGAGCCCGCAGAGCCCAGCCAGCCCGCCCGGGACCCCCAACCCUCACCCAGGCAGGUGCCGCCCCGGGGCAGGAAAAUCCACACCCGCCCUGGGGAGAGGGGCUUCCUGGAGGAAGGGGUGGAGCUGCGCCCGGGGCCCAGCCCAGCAGGGGCUCGGACUUGGCCUCCUGAGGACAGCAGCUGCCUCUGUGAGAGGGGCCCCCGCGUCCCUGCGCCCCAGCUCCCGGCCCCUCUGCAGGGGGGCCUCCGCUGCAGCCAGGCUCUGGGCAGGGCUGGAGCCCCGGGGAGCGCACAGCAGCUGUGCCCGGUGUGUUUCUUGGGGCUCAGGGCUGAUCCGCCGUGACCCCGACUGUGAGCUGUAUCGAAUGUCUGCACGUCCCGGCCGGCCCGCUUUCCCAGGGGAGGAACUGGAGCGGCUUCCAAGGGAGUCUAAGACGUCUGUGCCUUCCGGGCCACUGGCUUUUCCUCCGAUUGGAUUUGUGAAGGGGGAGGGGAGGUGUGCCUGUGCCGAGCCUGGAGCGAGGACACCUGGGCCCCCCUCGCCUCCGGAGUCUCCGCUUCCAGGCUGAUAAGAAGCGGGGCUCCCCCUCCGGCCCCCGCAGCCUGCACACUUCCUGCCGUCCCAGGCCCCUGGUCCAGGGCUGUGCGGCUGGGGAAUGGGGUCCGGCCCCUCAGGCGCUGGUGCCCACCUUGAGUCCUGGGUGGCGGCCGUCUCCCUGGGCGUCCGGGUCCAGCUGGGUUUCUGUCCCUGGAGCCAGGAUGGGGCAGGGGGGCGGAGGGUCCUGCUAACCACGACGGUCUCACCGCCUUUCGGGCUUCCCCGUGGCCGCUGUUUGGUGUUUGUUUGUUUGUUUUCACUUACUUGAGAAGCAUAGCAACAGAGAGAGAAUGGGAGAGGGAGGGAGGGAGCUUCCCUCACUGGGUCACUCCUCAGAGGCAGUCAGGGCUGGGCCUGGCUGGACCCAGGAGCUCGGAACUCCAUCUGGGGCUCCCACGGGGGACCCCGGCCACGCCUGCCGCCUCCCGGGGCCUUGGCAGAGCGCUGGGUCAGUCAUGGAGCCGGACGGGGACCAGUGGGGCCGUGGGCUGGGAUGCAGGUGUCCCGAGGGGCUGCCUGCCCAGCGGCACCACACCCCCCCUUGGCUGGGUCUCAGCCUUGACACGUGAGACGGUGCUGCUGUCCCCGGAGCUGGCUUUGUGCGGUUCUGCACCCGGUUCCCGCGGCCGCUGGCUGGUCCCUUUCUUGGCACUGAUGGGUGGAGCUGCUGGCUGUUGGGGUGCAGGGCCCGGGGCCGUGUGUCCCCAGUGAGAGGCUGUGCCCAGCUCCUCCCGGGGGACUGUGCUCCCUCUGUGCCCUGUCACACGCUGCUUCUAACAGGCCACCGGGCAGGGUCUCACGCCAUCCGCCUGUCCCCCUUUCCCCACCCCGAGGCGCCGCCUCCUUUAAGCUUCCGCUGAGCCCCCAGGGCCUCUGGAACACCCUCUGCCCGGCCCGGUCUCUGACCGCUGUGUCGCUUCCCUGAAGGGCACUGUCCCUUCCGUCCCUGCCGUCACACACGAUGCACACCGGCCCGGAGCCUCAAAGUCCAGUGCUGGGAUGUGGGCAGGGCCGCGCCACUCCCCGCUGCCCCCAGCCCCGCCCUGGCCCUGUGUGCCCUCUGCCCCGGGCCACCUGUGCACCUGUGGCAGAAAGCAACACCUGGAGCCAGGCGGGCCAGGUGUGGACAUGGCCCCCGGCUGGGGUGCCCGGGGACAGCAGCUGGGCUGACAUCGGGAGGGACCGGCCACCAGAAGGUUCCAUGGUGUCCUCUGGCGAGAGGGUGAGCGUGAGGGCCUGGUUGCCCGCAUGGCACCUGGGUGGGCGCCGGUGCUCUUUGCUGCUCGGGGCUGGUAUGGGAGGACCCUCGAUGCUGACUCUGACCGCGGGCCUCAGGCCGCCGACUCAGCUGGUUGCCAUGUCCUCCACAGGUGAGCCUGGGAACCAGGCUGGCUACCGGGGAGAGCUCGGGGCUCAAUCCCUCACCUCCAGCCCGCAGUGAGGAGCCGGCUGCUGACCCUGGCCGUGCAUCCAGGACCCCGUGGUCGCCUCUGAAGCGACCGCGUUCUUGGGGCUCAGGCCGAGGGUCGGCAGGAGCAGCACCCUGGACGCAGGUCCUGGCAGGCCACGGCAGGCCACAGCAGGCCACGGGCUCUGGCCAGGUCCCUGCAGUCCCCGUCUCCUCGACAGGCAGAGGCGGCGCCUCCUUGCCCAGGAAUCCCCUCCGGGCCCCAGCGCUCUGUGCUUGCAGGGUGAAGGGCCCCGUGGGGUGACCCGGCUGUGGCUCGGGCUCUGGUCCUCGGGUGGCCGGGCAGCCCUGGUCACGCCUGCCCAAGGGCUGUGGCCUCUGUGAUUGUGUCAGCGCAGGUGCCCAGGGCGAUGGCGCCGCAUCGCACGGCGGCCUGGGCUUCUACAGACACAGAAAAUGCCAGCUUUGUGCUGCGCGGGGCAGCCAGCGGCCGCUCACACCGGGUGUCCCGGGGCGCGGGGUGGGGGCCGUCCCGCCCGGCUCUGAGCCGCUUUUGUUUCUCUGGGGCUGCAGCCCCGCCUCCCCCUGACGUUAGAAGGGCUGGGCCUCCCCUGGGGUCUGGGGUCUCCGAGUCCCAGGGGCCAGGACUGAGGAGGGAGGCCAGCGCCGAGGUGACGUCCGCUUCCGGCCCAGGCCUCCCUGGGUGCCCACAGCAGGCUCGGCUCUCACUCAGCAUCAUGGCUGACAGCAAGGCCAAGGCAGCCAAAGCCGCCAACAAGACACCCCCCAAGUCCCCAGGGGACCCCACAAAGGACAAGGCAGCCAAGAGGCUGUCUCUGGAGUCUGACGGUGGCCCUGAGGGGGCGGCUGCCGCAGCCCCAGAGCUCAGCGCCCUGGAGGAAGCCUUCCGCCGGUUUGCGGUCCAUGGGGACACCAGGGCCACCGGGAAGGAGAUGCACGGCAAGAACUGGUCCAAGCUGUGCCGGGACUGCCAGGUGAUUGACGGGAAGAACGUGACGGUCACCGACGUGGACAUCGUCUUCAGCAAGAUCAAGGGGAAGGCCUGCAGGACCAUCACCUUCGAGCAGUUCCAGGAGGCGCUGGAGGAGCUCGCCCGCAAGCGCUUCAAGGACAAGAGCGCCGAGGAGGCCGUGCGCGAGGUGCACCGGCUGGUGGAGGGCCGCGCGCCCAUCAUCUCGGGGGUCACGAAAGCUGUGUCAUCGCCCACAGUGUCCCGGCUCACCGACACCACCAAGUUCACUGGCUCCCACAAGGAACGCUUCGACCAGUCGGGCAAGGGCAAAGGCAAGGCUGGCCGUGUGGACCUGGUGGAUGAGUCAGGCUACGUGCCCGGCUACAAGCACGCGGGCACCUAUGACCAGAAGGUGCAGGGGGGCAAGUAGUGCUCCGCGCCAGUGCCCGCAGCUCCGCAGGUGUCCUGGGAGCAGGACCGCGUCUCGUCACCCUUCAUUACAUUCCUGCGCUCGUCUGGGCACAGGGGCGCCUGGGGUGUAGCCCAGCACCCCAUCUCACACCCUAGGCUCAGGCCCUCACUCACCAACCCUGCCUCCCUCGCCUCCCUCGCCCUGAGCUGGGAGCAGACAGCUGCUGCUCCUGGUGCCAGCACCCUGGCCACUUGGUCUGCAGGUAACGGCAGCGUUUCAAAGAGCCGGCGGGCGUGGGGACAAGAACGACACCCUACCAGAGGCCACACUGACCUCACUGCAGCGACCUUUCGGGAGCUGACGGGCUACAGCACAAGGGCAUCAACCAUGGACAAGAUGUGGGCGGCGUCUGUGAGCCCGGGACACCGAGGGCUCCUCGUGCUCUCCAGGGCAGGGGCCACAUGGCAGCUGUGCUGGUCGGCGGGGCACACACGUACACACGUGUUCACACGUGUGCACGUGCAUGCCUAUAGACCAGGUCUGCGCUGGGAGCAGCCACGGCACUCGCAGCUCCUGGAAAGUGAGACGAGGCGGCAGCCAGUGCAGCCCAGCGGCCGCCCACAGCGUGGAGCCCGUCCCUGCCUCGGGGUCUCUCUCUGAAGCCCCCUUGUGAGCAGCAGCUGCCUCUAUCCUCUCUGGGAUGUGUGCAGUGCAGGGCUCCGCACACGAGGAGGGCCCCGGGGCGGGCAGCACGGGCCACCCUGUCCCAGUGCCCCCACAGCAACUGUCCCUUUGCACGAACACGGCCUCAGCCUCACGUGUGCCCUGCUGGAGCUUGGGGAGGCCUCCCACGAGCCACGUGGCCACUGCUGACUGUCCAGGGCAGAUGGCCAUUCAGGGCAGGGCCCCGGGUUCCUGCACACGUGCCUGGCCCAUAGCACAAGUCAACAGCGGAGCUACCCCCCUCACUGCCAUAGUCCCCUUGACGGAGAGUGUGCCUGCGUGUGGCCACAGAGCCCUGGAAGGCUGAGCACAGCAGUCCUCUCUGGACAGGCGCAGUGGGCUGCUGGGCCCGGCAGGCGGCUCCCUGCUGAGGUGCGGCAUCCCGGGCCUCCGGCUCCUCUUAGAGGCGAUGCCUGGCUGCUCCCUGCCCUCCUGCCCUCCCUGAGACCUGCAGGUGGUCUGCGAGUACCCUGGGUGAACAGUGUUAAUCAUUCAGCCACGGCCUGAGGGAGCAAAAGGCCUUGUGCAGUGGCCACUGAAUGUGGCUGCUCCCCCACCCUCGUCCACUGCCCUGCCCAGCAUCCUGGUCCCAAGGCCGCUCUUCUCCUUCGCUUUUACUCCCGGGCAGUCUGCCCCCCAUCACAUCAAACAGUGGCACUGGAGGGUCCCCACCAUGCAGCAGGAAGGGGUGCUCCCAGGGCCAGCUCCCUGGGGCAUGUGAGGAUGCUGGGUCCCAGCCGAGGAGCCCCCGCAGGGCACCCCACAGCUGGCUGGAGCAGGCUGAGCGGCAGGGCCGCCCACGUCAGGCCCUGAUGGCAGCCUGAGCGCACCCCGAUGGCUGUGGGUUCUGUGAGGGGAGCAGAGUGCUCCGUCAGCCCCCCUAGGCGUCCCCACCCCACACGCAGGCCACUCAGACACACAUGGGCCAGGACAGGAUGCGCCCCAGCCAGGCCCCCAACUCUGACUCCCAGACUCCCGUCAGUGUGCACUGUGCAGUCACCUGCCGCCUUGGUGUGUCAGUGUUACAAAUGCACGAAUGUGUGUGUGUGCGUGUGUGUGCGUGCGUGCAAUGCCAAACAGCUCUACAAACCCUGGCCAAAACAGAAUUACAUGCAGCCCAGGAGACCGGGGCAGGUCUGUCAGGAGGGGACAGCCCUGUUCUCCAGGAGCCAUGGUGCGGCAGGCGCUCCGGCACCCGGCGGUGAGGCAGGAGUCGCUGAGCGCGCGUUCUCCCAGAGCGCCUAUUUAUUUCUAUUUAUGGCACAGCGGGCAGUGUCGGCUGGGACAGCCACGUCUCAGCCCACAGCCAGGGCCUCACUUACACUGGAGCACUCUACCUUUUCUGUGUCCCGCUCUGAAGAGUUCCUCACAGCAAACGUGGGCGCAUGGUACCCGCAGCCACCCCGUCUCCUCCCCACAUGCCUGUGUGCCCCACCCCCGGGCCCAGGGGCUGCCAGCUCAGGGCACGCCGUGGGCUCUCCAGCUGCCUGGUUUUGAAUUACUGGCACGCGGCCACAGUGUUUAGCUGCAUUUGCACAACUGGAGUAGAGAGGGGUAACAGAAGUCACGGCCCCUGGCCCCCGCACCCAGAAAGCCUGCUGCCUAAGUUCAUUUUCUGCCGCACCCCAUGCCAUGGGGGGUUCCCGGUCACCUGCUGACGACAGCUCAGAGCUACAGUGUCCUCCCAGCACUCAUGACCAACUCCUGGACCCUGGUGGGGCAGGCUGGGAAUACGACAGGCACUUAGCAAUGCUUAAGUUAACUCCUCCUUCAGCCCUCUUAAAGACUAAACCACGGCAAGUGACAAAGACCCCUGCGCAACAGAACCUGAAAGGGAGUUGAAAGUGAGCGUAUGCUACUGCUAGUCUGCACUAAGUUCUUUCUGAGAAAGGGAAGCAGAGUUUUAUACAUAUAUCAGCACUCUAUUUUUGCACGGGUUUGUCAGCGCUGGGGAGCGCUGCGCACAGCACUGCAGCAGUGCGCUGGGCAGUGUGCGUGACAGGCACACCGCCACCAGGAGCGACUGGUGCAAGGCGUCGUGCCGCCUCUGGACGAGGGCCAGGGUCUCGCUUGCAGCCCUUCAUGAAACAGCUCGUGUCUGCGCACACCGCUCGUGUCUGCUGUUGGUGUACUGUGUGUCAACGUGGUAAAGUGGUGAAUUAAAGGUGUUACAGCCUG